AUGAAUUUGUUGAAUUUUCAGUUGCAAAAGAUGCCCACGGAAUUGAGCCAGAACCUCAAAGAAAUAACACAUUUAAUUGGCAUAAUAUUAAGCAAAGCAUCAUCAACAAUUAUACUACUACUACAAAAGCCUCCCAGUAAAAAGAGAAAUUCUAUAUUAUUGAGGGAGAAAUGGUGUCUAUUAAGUUAUUUACACGAAAACUUAAGAUAUUAUAUUUCCUAUUUGUAUAAGCGAUAUGACAUUGUAAUUCCUUAUAUUAUAUAAUGUGGCUUUAUUUAUUGUCUUCCAUAUUAUUAAAGACACAAAUUGUAAAGUAAAUUCAUAAUUUUUUAACAAUUUAGUAGAAUUAAAUUAAAAGUGUUCCCUUUGUGAAGAAUUGGCAAUACUGAGUGAAUUAAAGUCUGUUAAAAUAUCAAAUAUAAAAUAAAAAAUGUUGGAGAUCGAGUAUUUAAAUCAAAAUUAAGUAUUUUAAAAUGAAACCUAAUUAUAUGUUAAUGGAAAAAAGUCAUUUAUUUAAAUGAGAACUUUAAUUUCAAAUGAAUCCUAUGUUAUGAGGAUUUUUGAGAAAGAAAAUUAAUAACACCAAAAGUAAGGUUAAUAUUUACUCCAGUUAUUCCGAUUUUUGUGAAACUGAAAUUUAGGAGCCAGUUUAAUUUCUUUUUAAAAAACAAGAUAAGUUACCAAAUAAAGAAUCUUAAUCUUUAAUCUGAAAUUGCAUUUCAAUUAUCUCCUUCAAAAAACGAAAUAAUUUUUCAAGAUUCAGAUGGUAUACUCGGUUUUUUCCAUCCUUUAUGUCUUAAAUAUAUGAAUCUUUAAUAUGGAAAUGAUUAUAUCCUCAAUAGAUUCAAUCAUUAUUGUUAUAAAAGGAUUAAUUUAUGCAGAAGGAUCAGAAAAUAGCUAGAUAUAAGUAUAUCUAAAUAAUUCAAUAUUAGAUUUCUUUCUCUAUAUUCAAUUACACACAGAAAUCUAUUUCAAUGAGAAAUAUUUAAAGCAUAUUUUAAAUAAAGAAAAUAUGAAGGAUUAUUAAUGA